AUGGAGUCCGAUGGUCUUCUUGCUCUGCUCCGAUCCGCUGCCGCCGGUGAGAGUUGGGAGAGUGGGGGAGAGUCGGGAGAGGGGGCGGUGAGGGGCGGUGAGGUUAAUAAAGCACUCGAGCGUGGCCGCGCGCGUGCAGCCGCCGCCGCCCACGUGCACCGCCCGGGCCUGGCCCUGGAGAAACUGCCGAUUCGUGCGUUCCCAGGGAGCCAGGCCCAGGAGUGCUUUAAGCCAAAGUCCAACGCCUCCCACAAUUCGCGCAAAGGCACCCAGGGCCGGACCCCCCCGACCCGCCCCACCCCCACCCCCCACCCCGCCCAGGCCGGCGGCGAUGCCCCCGACGACGCCCCCCAGCGCCGGAGGCAGGACGAAUCGGGCGGCGGCGACAACUGGCGCGAGGAGGCCGUGUCCGCCGGCUCGCUGCGCCAGGUGGACCUCGACAGGGGCGCCAACGGCUGGGCCGCGCCGCCGGGGGACCUGUUCCAGCUGCGCGCGCGCGGCUACUUCUCCGGCGGCGGCGGGAAGCGCGGCAAGUCGGCCGCGUCGGCCGACUGGCUCCUCCGCCCCGCCGGCGUCGACUGGCUCCGCUCCCACGCGCGCCUCGACCACCUGCUCGCCCGCGACGACGUCCCCGUCGCCGCCGCCUUCCGCCGCGCGCGCCUCCGCAAGGACCCCAACGCCCACUUCCUCCUCGCCGUCAAUCUCCAGGUCCCCGGCCGGCCGGACGCGUACAGCUCGGUCUUCUACUUCGCGGCGGAGGCGCCCAUCCCGCCGGACUCGCUGCUCGGGCGCUUCGUCUUCGGCGACGACGCGUACCGCAACGCCCGCUUCAAGAUCGUGAACCGCAUCGUCAAGGGCCCCUGGCUCGUCCGCGCCACCGUCGGCAACUACGGGGCGUGCCUCCUGGGCCGCGCGCUCACGUGCCGCUACCACAGGGGCGACGACUACCUCGAGAUCGACGUGGACAUCGGCAGCUCGGCGAUCGCCACCGCCAUCCUGCAUCUGGCGCUGGGCGCGGUCACCUCGGUGACCAUCGACAUGGGCUUCCUUGUCGAGUCCCAGUCCGAGGAGGAGCUGCCCGAAAAGCUCUUCGGCGCAGUGCGCAUCGCGCAGAUGGAGAUGGGUUCGGCCAAGUACGUGGAGACGGCGUCUGAUGAGCCUGAGACCGCCGGCAAGGCGGCGCCGGGGUUCAGGGUUGGCUCGGCGAGGGUGGCCAAUGAUAGCCGCCACCAGGAACGCGCCAGCGGCAAGGCCAGCAGGUCGAUGAGCUGCCAGGAACGCCUGGGCGGAGGAAAAUAGGCGCGGAACACGCGAGGACGGAUGCUGUAUAAACCAUGAGUUGGAGAAAAAAUGAUUCUUCAGUUUGAGAACCGGCGCCGAGAGAGAGAGGGAGAGCCGAGAAGAGGAAGGCCGGGAUAUUUAUUAUAUUAAUUAAAGAAAAAAAAGGGCAAGUUAGUUAGUUGGUGCCACAGAAUGCAAUGCAUGCUCCCUUCGUCAUCAUCAUCAUCAUCAUCAUCAUAAUGUGAUCAGAGCUGAGACCUGAUCGAUGGCAAAUAUUAGUACGUAGAUCAGUACUCCUGCUUACACAAGUCCAGUAAUGAGAUGCCUCGGUUGCUUCGCUUCUGCUA